AUGUGGAAAUUCGUGGACGAUACCACUGUCAGUGAAGUAAUUGGGAAAGAUCAAACAAGUAACUUGCAAAACCAAAUGGAUAUUUUAGCGAACAGCAUUUCAUCUCAUAAGUUACAGUUAAACGAAACAAAGUGUAAAGAAAUGGGAAUUUGUUUUGGAUCUAAUGUUAACGGCUUUCAACCAAUUACCAUCAAUAACAUUACACUGGAUAUUGUCCAAAAUGCGAAGGUUGUGGGAUUGCAUAGAGCUAACAAUCUUAAGUGGAAUAUCCACGUGAAUGAAGUGAUCAAGAAAUGUCGUAAACGCCUUUACCAUCUUACCCAACUAAAACGAGCAAGUAUUGGACUUAAGGGAUUACUUUAA